AUGUAUACUGGAAAACGGUGUGGAAUUGAAGCAUCUAAGGCUGGUAGGAGCCUUUGUAUCGCCUUCACUGUGGCAAGGCUCAAUCGCAACUCCAAGCCUGAGGAGGACGUUCACGUGCACGAUAACAGCUUUAUCCUCACGAAUGGAGUAGUCAACGUUCACAUCUACCCUAUGGUCGAGAUCAAUAUCUUGACCUUCGGUGGUGGCUUCUCCGCGCGAGAGCAAGGUGGCACAUACGUUCAGAAAGACGACGAUCCGAUUCAGCCCGGCAACUACUACAUAUCAGAGUUGGAAAUCCACAGUCGAGCCUCGUCUUCGGCCGGCCGAGUAUUUGGCAUAUCAAGAAUCAAGGGUCUACUGGAGUUACGAUGA